AAUGUAGGUAAAGUAUAGUAUGGUGAUUAAGUUAGAUGGUACGUGUGUAAACAAAUUAUUUUGAAGAAGUAAAUUAACCUUUUUGAUAUGCAUAAGAAUGAGAAAAAAGCUUAGAUUUGUUAUUUAUUAUGAUAUAAGCUACAGUGCAGCACUAUGACUCCUCUUUGUAUCAUGUAACCAUUAAAAUGGGGUUUGAAGUGUAACGCCAUGUUUGUUGUGGUUUAUGCCACUUUUUAAGCAUGCUUCAUCAUGUUAGAGUGUAGAAGUUGUGUGUAUAUUGGCAAGACUGAGAAAUCAGUGCUCAGUGUUUAGUGAGGAAUGUAGAACUUUAUUGCACAGCACAGCUUAUUUUGUAAUUCAAAAUGAGCAAAUUGAAAGAAAGCAAGAUGGACUCUAGGUCCUUAGAAAAGCGACUCUCCUCAGUCCGGGAGACUGCUGAUGAAAUACAGACCUUAGCCAGAUGGUGUUUGCAGCACAAAAACCACCAUCAUUCCAUCAUUCAAGCAUGGUCCCGUGCUUUACGAAAAGCUAAAGUACCUCAUCGGCUGACAUUGUUUUAUGUAUGCAACGACAUUGUACAAAAUGCCCGACGGAAGAAGAUUCCUGACAUGGUGCAGCAUUUUGCUACAGCUAUCAAAGAAGCUGCUCCACUUGUCAGAGAUGAAAAGAUUCGUCCAAAGAUUAUUCGUAUCUUCAAUAUAUGGGAAGAGCGGGGUAUAUACGAUGCCAAACUCAUUGCAGAAUUUACUGAAAUAGUGGAGAAUGUUGGCACUGUUAAUGCAACUGAAAAUGAAAUUGUUUUAUCAAGUUUCCAGCCAGUGCAGCUAGUCGAGGGAAUACGAACAGUUGUUGCCCUGGAAAAGUCUACGGAGUCACUUCGAACUGAUCUCAGAAAUCAAGAUUUCAGUCUCACAGAUGAUGAAAUCAAUCAGCUAAGGCAGACAGUAAAAGAACGAGGGACUAGCAGAGAAAGAAUGGAAGAAUUUGAAGAAGCUGUUGUAGCCCUUGAGUGCUACUUAGCAUCUGUACAGAAAGAAAUAGAAGAAAGAACACAGGUUGUCACUUUGCUUGAACAGGCAGAGAUCUUCUAUGAAACACAAAGAGGAGAGGCAAAAAUGGUUGCUAAUGCAUACAAAAGUUUUGGAAACCGUGUGAAAACUUUAAAGACAAAAUUAUUAGAGAAAAUUAAGUCACUCCCAGAUCCUAGUCCAGUACCUUCACCAACCCCUGAUGCUCCCUCACCUGAGAACAGUGAUGAUGAAGACUUAACUUUACCAGAUACUGCUCAGCCAGGUAAUGUGUUCUCAUUAUACUAUAUAGUAUUAUAGUUUGUUUUGCAUCAU